AGGCGGCCGCCCCGCUACACUUUAACUGGUGACGCCCGCCUACCGCGCGCCGUCCGCGGGCGGGAAGGGGGCCGCGAGCUGCGCGGCCUGGGUCGUCCCCCCGGGGCAGGGGCGGGGGCGCCGAGCUGGCCGGCCCCGGCGCGGGGCAGGGCGGGAAGCGCACGAGGGCCCGAGGCGUGGGUGCAGGGGGCGCACCUGGCUCGCGGCACGCACGUGUGCGCGGGACCCGCUAGGCGCCGCGGCUGUCCGCGCUGUGCCCGCGAAGGGCAGGCAGCAGUUCACCCCCGACCCAGCCCUCGGCGCCCGGACAAGUGAAGGUGCACUUCGACGUUCCGCAUCCCGGGAGAGGGAGAGAGGACUACUCAGUGUGGCUCUGAAACCGGGCCAUCUCCAGAGUGGAUGGUCCAACACGCUCUGACCCCAGGAGACUUGCGGGACCUCCGAGUGCAACCUGUUAAAACCAACAUUGCAACGGAGGACCAUUCAAUUUUGAUGAACAUAAGCUGGAUACUCCGGGCAGAUGCCAGCAUCCGCUUGUUGAAGGCCACCAAGAUCUGUGUGACAGGCAAAAGCAACUUCCAGUCCUACAGCUGCGUGAGGUGCAAUUAUACAGAUGCCUUCCAGAGUCAGACCAGACCCUCUGGUGGAAAAUGGACAUUCUCCUACAUAGGCUUUCCUAUAGAGCUAAACACCCUCUAUCUCAUCGGGGCCCAUAACAUCCCUACUGCAAAUAUGAAUGAAGAUGGCCCCUCCAUGUCUGUGAAUUUCACUUCCCCAGGCUGCCUAGACCACAUAAUGAAAUACAAAAAAAAGUGCAUCCAGGAAGGAAGUCUGUGGGAUCCAAACAUCACAGCUUGUAAGAAGAAUGAGAAGACUGUAGAACUGAAUUUUACAACCAGUCCUCUUGGAAACAGAUACAUGGCUCUCAUCCAAAACAACACCAUUAUUGGGUUUUCUGAAGUGUUGGAGAACAAAGUAAAACGAACUUCUGUGGUGAUUCCAGUGACUGGGGAAAGUGAAGGUGCUGUGGUACAGUUGAUUCCAUAUUUCCAUACUUGUGGUAAUGACUGCAUCCGACGCAAAGGAACUGUUGUGCUUUGCCCACAAACAGGUGUUCCUGUCCCUCCGGAUAACAAUAGAAGCAUGUUCAGAGGCUGGCUGCCUGUCCUCCUCCUGGCUCUGCUGGUGGCUGCGUGGGUCCUGGCGGCUGGGAUCUUCCUGUUGUGGAGGCACGAAAGGAUCAAGAAAACUUCCUUUUCUACUACCACACUACUGCCUCCCAUUAAGGUUCUUGUGGUUUACCCCUCUGAAAUAUGUUUCCAUCACACAGUUUGUUACUUCACUGAAUUCCUUCAAAACCAUUGCAGAAGCAAGGUCAUCCUUGAAAAGUGGCAGAAAAAGAAAAUAGCGGAGAUGGGCCCAGUGCAGUGGCUUGCCACUCAGAAGAAAGCAGCAGAGAAAGUAAUCUUCCUUCUGUCCAAUCACGCCAGUGCCAUGUGUAAUGGGGCCUGUGGCAAGAACCAGGGCAGCCCCAGUGAGAACUCUCAAGACCUGUUCCCCCUUGCCUUUAACUUCUUCUGCAGCGAUCUAAGAAGCCAAACUCAUCUGCACAAAUACAUGGUGGUCUACUUUAGAAAGGCUGAUACCAAAGAUGACUACAGUGCUCUCAACGUCUGCCCCACGUACCACCUCAUGACGGACGCCACUGCUUUCCGCAAAGAACUUCUCCACAUCAAGCAACAAGUGUCAGUGGGUAAAAUCUCACAAGACUGACACAACUACUGGUGCUGCUCAUGGCCCACCGGUGAGAAGCAAGAGACCUUGACGCUUUCCUUCCCCACCAGUUCCCCCAUUCCAGGGUGAAAAAAAGCAUUUGUGAUGAUCCUCAAGUUUACUGUACAAGCUUCCUGUAGGGAGGACUGUGUAUAGUUCUGCUCUAGCAAUAAGAAUAUGGAAGAUUCAAAGCAGACUACACUUGCCUUAGUCUCAUAAUUUAAAAUUUCAGGCCAAUAAAAUUGUUGUUACAAAUA